UUUACUUCAAUUUCAACAUUAUUUCAAAAUCUCGUUUAAAAAGAGUGUUAAGGAUGAAAUCUGUUUUAAAAUUAAAUAUUUCCUGCUUCGGAACAGGACAAACGAAUCUAAAACAUUUAACAAAUUGUUGUUUCCACCGAAUAAGUUUGCUAGAAAUUUGUCGAAAUUCGGCAUCUGGCAGUACGAGUGUACUUUCUAGGCACUACAGUUUCCAAAAUUCUUCUAAAAUUAGAAAAUUCGAAAUGCCAAACCAUAACAGGAAACCUGAGAUGGAAGAAAUUAAGCUCAACAAUGUCUCUUCAGCAGAGUGGAAGAAUGCAAAAAGACUGGGUUCAAGCUCUUUAGAACUUUUACAUAAUAUUGCUAUGAAAGUAAAAACACAUACAAAAAAGGAUAUGAUGCAGGAUAUUUCGUUUACGCGAGGUGAAGAUAUUUGGUACUGCAGUCGUGUCAUAUAUUGGCCUACAGAACUUAAAUUUGUUGGGAAGGGGAGCAACAAAAAAAUAGCAGCCCAAAACUGCGCAAAAAAUAUUUUGAGUUAUUUGUUGAUAUCGAAGAAAAUCAACUCAAAGUAUGAACCUAUAUUGUAUACAAAAAACGAGUUAAAAGAACUACUUACAACAAAACUUGUUGACAUUACAUUACCGUCAAAUCUCAUUGGAGAAGUCCGAGAACUAAACCAGUUAUUCGAUGAUCAGAUUGUUCCUAUCUUGAGGGACAACAAUCAGUUCUCGAAACGUGAUCCAGAUUUUGGCUAUGAAACAAGCUCAAAUCAAAGUGGUGAUAGUUUGCCACAUAGUCAUAAAAAUAUAUCAUAUACAAGAAUUCAAAGAAGAAAUGCAGUGUUGACGGAACGUGCGGAAAAAAUCCUAAACAAUGAACAUUCUGCAAGAAAAAAAUUUCCAAUUUUUAACUAUAGAGAACAAUUAUUGGAUUUGCUUGAAUUUAAUCAAGUUGUAGUGAUAAAAGGAGAACCAGGGUGUGGAAAAAGUACACAAGUGCCCCAAUAUAUAAUGGAGGAAGCAUCAAUAAAUGGUUUCGGCAAUGAAUGUAACAUUCUAAUUACACAACCUCGAAGAAUAAGUGCAAUCAGUUUAGCACGAAGAAUAGCUGAAGAGCGAAAUGAAAGGCUCGGUGAUGUCGUUGGAUAUCAAGUGAGAUUGAAUUCAAUUACUCCUGAUAAUACAGGAGGUAAUAUACUAUUUUGUACCACUGGCAUCGCAUUGAAGAAAAUUCAAUAUGAUCCUCUCUUGCAAGCAUACUCUCAUCUUAUAAUUGAUGAAGCACAUGAGCGAGAUGCAGACAUCGAUACUUUAUUGCUUUUAGUUAAAUAUUCUAUGAAACAGAAUCCAAAUCUUAAAGUAAUUGUAAUGAGUGCAACAAUGAACGCAGAAUUGUUUAGGAAUUAUUUCAAUAAUGGUGCAAUAUUAACAAUACCUGGUUUUACAUAUCCAGUUACAAUGAACUUCCUAGAUGACAUGAAGAAGUUACCAAUGUUGAAAAAAUAUUUUAAGUGUACAAAUGAGGAGAGGCCUCUAAUAUUUGAAGAAGAGGUUGCUGGUUUGAUAAAUUGGAUUCACAAAAAUAGACCAUCUGGUGCUAUACUUUGUUUUCUUCCAGGAUGGCAGGAAAUUAUGAUGGUUCGAGAACACUUAGAGGAUUUGAAUAACUCGUCGUUACAAAUUUUGGUAGCCCAUUCAAAAGUAUCAACCGAGAUGCAAAAUAAAAUUUUUCAUGUUCCUCCACUAAAUGUGAGGAAGGUAAUUCUGUCCACUAAUAUUUGUGAGACAAGUAUUACAAUUAAUGAUGUGUCAUAUGUUGUCGAUUGUGGAGUGCACAAAAAUAGAAAUGUUCUACCUUCUGGUUUACAAAGUUUGGAAGUAGACUGGAUUUCGCAGGCUAGUGUAAAACAGCGCCAGGGUCGCGCUGGUCGCGUUAAAUCUGGUGAAAGCUUUCACCUGUUUACAAAGAAGCGAUAUGAUGCGCUAGAUCCGCAUACACUUCCGGAAAUCCUCAGAAUGCCCCUGCAGAAAGUUAUUUUGGAUAGCAAGACUUAUCAUUAUGGUCAAACAGCCCAAGAGUUUUUAAGCCAGCUGAUAGAACCUCCACCUGAGAGCAGAAUUGAACAAGCGGUGAAUGAGUUAAUUGGCAUGUCAGCUCUCGAUGAAGAUGAAAACUUAACACCUUUAGGAAAAAGAAUUGCGUGGUUCUCGUUACCACCUAAAUUGUCAAAGGCCUUAAUUCACGCAUCUAUUUUUAAAUGUUUUGAUCCGAUACUUACAAUUUCUACAAUGUAUUCAACUGAUGGUGAAGCAGGAGUAAGUGAUACAAGAGAAGAUAAUCGUUUUCUCAAAGCACAGUAUGACAAACUCAGCGACCACGUAGCUGUGGUCAAAAUUUAUAAUGAUUGGAAAAAUUGUAGAGAAUCUUCCAGCAUGAAAUUUAAUGAAAAAAUUAUGAAACAAACUGAACAAUUACGGGAGCUUCAUGCGGAGAAUGUGUAUGCUUGUGGAAUUUUGAAUAAAUCAGAUGAUUAUAGAUUAGAAAACUCCGAAUGCAAUGAAUUUGCUAAUAAUGAUGAGUUGAUGAAAGCAAUAUUAUUUAGUGGUGUCGCUUCAAUAUGUGAAUAUCAUACUCAUAAAAUUGUAAAAGGAUUACCUAAAAGAUCUCCACAUUUCUCUAAUGUAUCUCAACAAAUUCUACAAAUUACCUGCCAAAGUGUGCUAUACGAUCGUACAAGCUUUCCUUCACCAUUUUUGUGUUACAUUUCUGAGUUACACUCAGUUGAAAGGCGUAGAUCUUUAGUAUCAGAGGCUUCUGUGCUAUCACCCUUAGCUCUAAUGCUGUUCAAUGAAUCGGGAAUAGCAUGCGAUUUUGAGGACACGAAUGGAAAUCGUGCUUCAGAUGAAUGUCACAAAACAAUUACCAUUGUAGAUCAUGAUGUCAAAUUGAAAUGUCAUGAUGAGCAAAUUGAAGAUCUGGUCAAACUACGUCUCGUAAUAUUUGACACUUUACAGUAUUUUAUCAUAAAUCAAGGAAAGGCAGAUCUUGAUCAUGAACGCCAUAACGAAAUGUGCAAUUUUAGAGAUAAUGUAGUGUCAUUAGUGAUCAAGUUAUUAAACAGGAUGAAGUAUUGUAGUUAAAUCAAUUCUUAGUUUAUCAUGAAGUC